AUCGUGGACACCUUGAUUAUUGCCCGCUUCGUCCUCCUGGCCGUGAUGAGCCUCGUCUUACUUGGGUGCCUGUUCCUGUUCCUGGUUUACCACCUCAUGGAGCCAGUGUACGGCAAACCGCUGCGGGGCAGCUAG